CAGUUAGUUUAGCAUCUUAAGUUUGAAAGCAAUGAAACCUUUUUUGGUUGCCACGCUAAUUUUAGCAGUCGCCUGCGUUGUUAGAUGCGGCGAGGCUACUAAAGAAAAAAAAAGUGAAAAACGAGGUAUUUUAUCCAGUGAUAUUGGAAGUGGAUAUGGAGGAGGACAUGGUGGAAGCAUCAGCCUAAACAUCGGUAGUCAUGGCAUUGGCGGAGGAAGUUUAGGAGGCCACGGAGGUGAUCUUGGAGGAUAUGGAGGUUCCCUUGGCGGAGACUACAGCAGUGGAAUAAGCGGUGGAUAUGGUGGAGGAUACGGUGGUGGAUAUGGAGGAGGAUAUGGAGGAGGAUAUGGAGGUGGAUUUGGAGGUGGUCUUGGAGGUGGACUUGGAGGUGGACUUGGAGGUGGACUUGGAGGCGGACUUGGAGGCGGACUUGGAGGCGGACUUGGAGGUGGAAGUGGAGGAGCCACAGUUACAACAGUCAGUCGCACUGUUCCAGUUCCUGUCCCCCAGCCUUACCCUGUUACUGUAAACAGACCUGUACCCGUACCAGUACCUCAGCGUGUAGAGGUUCCCGUUCCCAGACCAGUCCAAGUAUCUGUACCAGUUGCUCAACCAGUAGAAGUACCAAGACCAUACCCAGUCGUAGUCAACCGUCCAGUUCCAGUAGCAGUACCAACUCCAGUUCGAGUACCAGUUCCACAACCUGUCCGUGUUUCAGUACCCCAGCCAUACCCAGUUACGGUUCCACAACCCGUACCAGUUAGAGUACCACAAACCGUUGUAGUUCCAGUUGCUCAGCCAAUCGUUGUUGGAGGAGGUAGUGGAGGAAUUGGAGGAGGCGUAGGAGGUGGAAUCGGCGGCGGAUUCGGCAGUGGAUUUGGCGGUGGACUCGGUGGUGGAUAUGGUGGUGGAUACGGCGGUGGAUACGGCGGUGGAUACGGCGGUGGAUACGGUGGUGGAUACGGUGGUAGUUUUGGAGGAGGAUAUGGUGGUAGUCUAGACGGUGGACUAGGUGGACAUGGAGGUAGUUUCAGCAGCGGUUCUCUGGGAGGUUAUUCUCUUGGAAAAUCAAUUUCCUUCGGUUCAUCAGGAGGUCAUGGGGGUGGUGCCACCAGCUAUUCUAGUAUUUCACAUGGACAUUCCAAAUACUAA